GCGGUCAGUGUGCUCCUUCCGGGGACUUCCAGAGCUAGGGGUGGGUCCAAAUCCAAAGGUAAGUCCAAGGAGGUAGGAAACAAACACGCGCAGACACCGGAAAAACUAUGUACAAAUUAUGUUUAACUGAUUGUAAGUGGAAAAUCACGUAUUAUCCCUAAGGAGGAGAAGGUGGGUUGACGAAGGCAUUGUGAGGUAAGGCGAAAGUUGCGGCUAAUUGGCUUGAGUGCAGAAGCAAGUGGUGAGGAACGAGAGAUAUGGUGGUGGUAAAAACUUCAAUUGAGAUGAAUUGCUAGAUACGAAGGAUGAGUACUUUAGUAGACCGGACAGUUAAGGUUCGGUUCAUUAGUGGGAAAAUGGACGGAGAUGAGAAAUGAAGGUGAACAGAUAGAAGUCUUAUCAUUAGGACUUAAUUAGUUUGGCUCUGUUGUUCGAGUGGGAACUGUUGGGUCAACAAAUUUCUCUUACGGAAUGAAAAUUGACUUCCUUAGUAUUUUUUCCAACAUUGGUAGUCGAUGUAGAUCUUGUUUUGCAAGUCUUUCACAUUUACUAAGACACAUCAUCUGUAACCUGAACAUUUCGGUUUACUAUAUUAAAUGGUUUUAUCUGCAGAAGAGAGGUUAUCUUUGGGUACGCUGUUUUGGAAGUAACUAGUUUGUUUCAACGAAUCCAAACGUCUAUACAGUCUCUUUUUUGGACAUUGAACCAUUUCACAUGUUCUUACUGUUCAAAAUCCUGGACCUACCGGGAACUCUAAACUCUCGGCUAAGGAAGGCCCCCUAGAUUCCGAGAUGUUUCACCUUAAAAAGUAGCUUUAUUCGUUGAAGGAAAGUUCUGUUAUCGCUUACUCAGCACUAGAGAGCCUAUAAGCAAGAGUGGCGUCAUGUUUCAAUUUUGACAGCUCUUCUGUUGAAUUGAAACUCGGAUUUACAUGAAAAUGACAGUUCAUCACUGUCACCAAUUUUGACCUUGACGCCACUCUUAUUUGAAACCACUCUGCUCUGCGCCUGUCAAUGGUCAGCACGCACAUAAAUUCCUACUCAUUGUCUAUAAAUCAGAUCGCAGAAUUUUUGUUCUGUUUGCAUCAUAGCUGUGAGUGAACAUUUAUCCAUGCCUUUGUAUUCCCCACUGCCCGUCUCAAAAACACUUCACUGCAGCGCUUGUGAAGAAACAUUCCAACUCUUGACAGCGAUCUUCGGUUUUCUGUGCAAAUAGAACGAAUAGUUAACGACUGGAGGAAACCAACCGUACUCUUCAGGGCGUAAGAAAAAGUUAAGAAAGAAGAAAAUAAGUCACCUAUGAAUGGUUUGGAUCAAAUUCAAAAAAGAAAAAUUGUCUGAGUAAAAGAAAAUUCCUAUUUCAGUUUCAUGAAAGUGUUUUUCGACCAUUAAAAGGGGAAAAAGGGGUGCGAUCAAAGAAUUUCAAUCUUUUUUCGUUAUUGGCAAUACUUGCACCCAGAAAGUUCUCGUAAUAGAAUGUUAUUAUUUAUUAUGUAAUUAUAUUAUGAUCAUUGCUAUCACUGUAAUCGUAAUCGAAGCAAAAGUUCUUAAUUAUCACUCACAGUCUAAUCAAAGAAAGCCGGCGGAGAUCAUUUAUCUACAUUUAUCUAUUGUCAGAACAGCCAAUUUUGGAAAGAUGAAUUUAGGACGGACGCCAGCCGAAACAUAAAAAGAAACUCUAGAUCUAGUAUUAGUUGCCGUUUCAGUUUUCCCGUACAUAUUUAUGAAAAUGAAAGGUAAAUCUUAAGCGAACACUAUACGAAACUCAUGUUACAAAACAGAAGAAACACAAUAAUGACAGUUACUGACUAACACCAUCCCAGAAAUAAAACAAACAUUUACAAAGCAGAGAUUUAAAAUCCUAGCUAAGUAGUGAACCUGAACGAUGCCGAACAGCAGCAGCUACGCAACAGUUAUUACGAAACAAACUUAUACAAACACAGCUAUAAUUGGUUGCAAAAUCAACAGUAGUGAUCAAAUCAAUAAAUCCAAAAAAAAAAACAUAAUUCGGAAAGCAACACUCAAGAAUACUACGAGCAAGCAACAAACAGCAAAAACAAACGUAAAUAGCAGAAACCACUAAUAGCCUUUAAUGAGAAAAUAAUUAUUGAAACACUUUGAUGAAUGUAAAGAAUAAGUAGCAACACAAUAUACCGAGAAUAAAGAAGGACAAACUCACUCCCAAACCCGGACACAUGCAUAGCACCUACACAACAUACACUCCUAUCCAUUACCAUUGGGGAAAAGUAGCAACUGACUCCCGUAACUGCAUAAGGCAUCAAAAUAAAAAAAAAUAAAAAACUGAAAGAAGAUACAACUUUACAGAUAGUGAAGCUAAAUAAAUAAGUGAUUAUGAUAAAACGGUGGAUGGGUUUCUAUUCUGACGUGAUGACAUCUUAAGAUACCGUUUGAAAUCGUUCUCACAGCCUUCGUCGCUUAUUUGACAAAUCGUUUCUAAAAAGAUUGGAUUCCAAAUUUUACGCUUACUUUCAGAAUCAACAGUGCGCCGAUUUCUUCCUAAUCUGACAAGUUCUUAGGGAGUACAGCUUGCCGAAAAAAGGAGUUAUUUCCAGCCUCAACUGAACAUUGGAAGCUCAUUAUCAACCGCAUAAGCAAUAAGAUUAACUGACCAACCCCGGCUGCUCCCUCCAAACACCCGCUCGUCUCGCCAUGAAUUCGUCAUAUCAGCGCAGCCGAAAAGACUUGAUACCGGAUACAUAGCCACGAGAUGGCACCACUCGUCAGUAUUAUCUAGUUCAUAGUUUGAAACGUGUGUCGUACUAGCAUUUUAUCCCGGAAUUGGACCACCCGUAGAUUUUGAUUUGGCAUUUUGAGAAACUUUGAUUCCCUGGACCGUAACAGAACUCACUCACCGAUAAAAUGUCAAUCACGGGCUCUCUGGUCGGUUACGAGAACAACAACGAAGUCUCGAAGAAGAAUCGCUCCUUGCUCAACAUUACCGCCACAUCCAAUGCAUCGUCGAAGCAAUGUCAAAGUCUGAACUCGAGCAUAGCCAACAGUGUGAUAGCUUCCGGAAGCAGCAAUCCCUAUCGACAUCGGAUGGGCGGAGAUGGGGGAUCCAAAAAGCCCCGGAGAUUGCACCUCAACACCCUUUGGUCGGUUUGGUAUGGACUGCUGAUAACGCUUCUCCAGGGCUAUCUAGUGCUUCAGGGAACGCAUCGCUAUCUGGGACUAUCGGCUCUCACGUGGAAGUACGAAAAGCCAAGUACCGAGUUGGACAUCCAGAUUGUGUUUUGUGGGCUGGUGGUGCUCUUCAUGCCACUGCUGCUGGCGGCUGCCUUAUUUCGCGUGGGGAAUCUAGCUAAUGACGGAAUUAAGCUGGCAUCCGGGACGCGGCUGUGCUCGUCGACACCCACCGAUGGACUGGAGGAGGAGGCCUUCGAGGGAACCUUAAGAGCUCUCUGGAUACAUGGAGGACCAACGUCCGCUUUCAUACAUAUCAUCACGGCGAUAUGCCUAUUGCUGCCGCGGUUGCUCCUGGAAGCCAAAGUCAUCGAGAAUGGACUGCUCUCUAAAGAUGAUAUCUGGCGCACGGAUCUGGACUUCAUGGUAACCCACAAUGAUCGAUUGGUAGUACUGUCCUUCAUGACCGCAUCCUAUCCAAACACGACGUCCAAACCUCUUGCUAAUGGUGGCAAUCACAAUCCUCUCCCCAACGGUGACUUUUCCGAACGAAAUGACAUGGUAGAGAAGUUCUCUGCCUAUGAAGAUGACGAUGAAGGAGAGCACGACUCCGAUGAAGACGAUGACCCAUUUCGUACGCAUGAAUCUCUGCAGGAAAUGCCCAAGAGCAAUGAACACUCGUCAAUUUCAAUCUCGACCAUGGAGAACUUCAAUGUAUUCGAUAACCCUACCACGGUACAUACUCUGCCGCCGGUGCGAAAUCUACUAACGACCACUACGGCUCCCAUAACCACCUCUACAGUGAUCUACACAACAACUCAGCCACCAACUACAACGCGGCAAACAGCUCUGAAGAAGCAUGAUCGAAACAAAAAUCAUGGCCACAACCGAAAGCACUCCAGCAAAUCUCAGAAUGGUAGAAAAGACAAAGUUCAUCAGCAGAACCAUCAUCAUCUAGAUGACGUGGACACCAGGCUCGAGUUGCAGCCACAGAAAGAGUUCGACUUUGACGAGUUCGGAGAACACGAAAUUGAUACCUUGUUCGAGGUGAAUCACAGCCGAAAGGCACAACCGAACGGUAAGAAGGCCACUUUGACCACUACUGUGGCUACCACCAGUGGAACUUCAACCACCGUUGCAACCAAGCCGUCCCCAAAAAGCAGUACGAAGAAAACACCCACUAAAGACAGCAAUACACAUAUCAUAAAGCCGGUCAAACUGCCGGACAACACCAUCCCGUCCACACCGGUAACAACCAACUCGAAGAUCAUCGAAAUCAAGCCCAGCACAACAGGUGCGACUUCCCGGAGUACGCCCAAAAAGUUCAAACGAUUCACCUCGGAUAACUACAGUAGUGAGAGCCUGGAAAGCUUGGAAAACAUCCCGAGUAUCGACGAGGAUGAGUUCAUCAUCAAGGAUGAAAAUGGAAUGGCGAUAAGACCGGCGUUUCUAAUCGGAACCGUUCCGGGUAAUAUGACCACAAAGUCCAUAGAGCUGACGGGAUUUCCAGGCUUUCUUCAGUUGUUCUUCGGAGUCGACCAACAGUUCAACGCAAAACGUUGGACAUCGACUCCCAGUUUGGAAUUCGUAAACCUGGCAAUAGCCUUGAUGGCUUGGGCCGUUCGCUACCCGUCUGUAUUUUGGCACACGUCGAAGACGUUCGCAUUUGUGUUCAGCUUGCAGAUGAUUGCCAACGGAAUAGACAUUUUGUUAAGUUUUGCUGGAGCAAGCGUAUUGUACAAGCUUCAGACGCUAGGUCAGGGUCUACCCAUGCAGGCCCCUGCGUUGAUCCUCAACGGAACGGUCACGAUAGCUCUGACGAUCUUGGCAGUGAUUCUGACCAUCGCCUCAUCGAUGGUGCUGUACUUGUAUGGGCACGGGAAGCUAGCCGUUAAGAUCCGCGAUCGACGGCUGAUCACGGCAAAGCAAAGCACCGACGUUUGGGCUUACUUCGCACACUGUUCGUCGCUGUGUUUCGUUUUGGCUCUUGCGGUGGUAAAGGCCCCCUUGCUCCACGACCUCAGCGCGGCCUACCGGGGAAGCCUGGAUGGAGCGGUGCUUGCUGCAGCUCUUGGAUCCGUGGUGCAUCUGUUCCUGUGGAUAGUACUGUGGUUAGGACUAACAGCCAAAAGGCGGUGGAACUUCAAGCUGCCACCUCUGGAGCUGUCCGGAGCACGCAACGGAGCAGCGCAACCAUUGCUGCGAGGAGGAACUGGUGGAUCGUUGAUGCGAACAUCCAGUGGCAAGGGAUCUUCGGGUGACGGGACCGGAGCCACCAGCAGCGAAGAGGAAACCAUCUACUGGCCCAAAAUUGCCCCAAACUCGCCCAAGCUGAAAGUAACCUUCAACGAAGUUACCAGUACGUCUCCCGAUCACGCCAUUGGCGACCAUGACGGCAAGCGCCAUCCGUCCAGCGGAACCACGAUACGUUUGUCCAGUGUUACGGGGGAAACUGAUGACGGGGACUACGCCACACUAAGAGGCCCUACCGGUGAUCUACUGCACUUGAGUGAAUUCGCAGAUCAUCCUCCACCUCCCGAGGAUCUGCUUGUCCCCACCAAUGUAGGUAACGAUCACGCAGAUGACACAUCUGAAGAGGGCAAACUGCUUGCAUGUGUUCGCGAUGAUAGUGUAACGUACGCAUCUACGCGAGACCUGGAGCCACCAAUUACCCGAACUAUGUCUCGCGAGGCUUUCAUACGAUCACCGGAACAGUUGACAAGUCCUCUUGCACCAGUCACCGUCACCGUACAUAAUAAUGAAAAUAUGGCUCCUGGUUCAACACCACGCUGUUUACGCCGUGCUGACUCAGGCAUGCCAAACGAAGCUUUAACCCCCCGAUCCGACACUACGUCAACCGAGAGUUCCACAUCGCCACCGGACUGUAGAGACGCCCCAUCCGAAACCUCAAGCGGUGUUCAUUCCGGUGAAGAGCGCGAUGAGGUAGUCAUCCGUCCUCGAUCCGGUCCCUACAAAUCUAUCAUCAAGCCUCCACCUCCUGCGAUCCAGGAGGAACCGUUCGGUAGAUCAACAAAUAUGAAAAUGUCCAGCUUCAACAAAGACGGAUCGAGUGCUACCCUUCCACUAACACGAGGAUCCGUAGAUGCGCACCGUGAGUAUCCACAGUGCAGCACUAUGCCCCUGCCAGCUGGUUACCAUCAACAACCGCACCAUUAUCACUCUCAGUCUUCGUUUACUUCACCAAGCUCUUCCUCACGGCAACAGCUGCAGCAUACGACGCUGCCGAACGGUGUCCGCUAUCAAUCGAACCAGUUCCUCAAACGAAUGCCGUACAUCAAAACGGCAGAGUCCCCUUAUGGGCAUCUGGGUCUGGGCAGUGGUCACCACACGUUCUCCAAACUCCUUCACGAUCCCCUAGGCGUCCCCAACAGUUCACCACCUACUCAUUCCCAAUCCAGUCAUAGCACCUUUGCCACCAUAGUGGCGACCAUUCCCGAGGAUCGAGACUCGGCUAACUAUUCAAUGAUCUCCGACCAGGACAGGGAAAUGUACAUAAACGCCGGACAAAUACAGAUGCAGAACUAGGUACGCUAGUGAUGUCCGUAGAAAAGGCAGAGCAAACGAGUACUUUUUAGCAUGUUAAGCCAUUCAUUGUAAGUAUGAAUCAUACAUCCAUCGUUUAAGGGAGUAAGUGUAGAAAAAAUACCACUCAAUGCGCCUUCUUUCAAAUGGAUUCAGAUUAGUUUCUAUGAUGGAAAUGGGUCUAGUUUUAAAAUCGUGGAGGAUCGGGAAAAGUCGCACAACUAAUUUAAGGUAACCAAGGGGCGUCAAUUUUAGUUCAAUUCUUUAGGUUUUGUACAUUAGAUUCGAGCAUCGGUCAGCGAUGAUCUCGACUGUAAAUACCACUAGUUUCGCCAGAUAUCUCUAUAUGUAGCAUGUCGCGCUUGCAGAUAAGGCAAAAUCUGUUUCGAGUCGUAUUCAGUGUUCGAAUACUCGCAUGGUAGGGCAAAAUAAGUAUCACACAAAUACGCAAAACUAUGCAAUAUUAUACAUUUACAAACGCAUUCGGAAGGAGGACGAAAUAUCGGCAAUGCAGCUUUAACUAUAGGCUUUCACACACCCGAACUGGUACAAUUACUAAAUCUAGAAUGGUGCAACGAGACUAAUUCAUUAGUUCAACAGCCUUCAAUUUUACUCUUUUUUUUACCCACCGAUUUUUUAUUUUUUUUUUUUUUUUUAUUACCCAAAUAUUUUUCAGUCAAAAUUAUUUACUUUUGUGGAGUUUAUGAUUUUUAGUUAACAUGUGUGCGAUAAUUUUUUUUUUUUUUAAGUCAUAUGAUAAGCAAAAUUUUGUUUUUUCAACUUAUUCAGUAUUUUUGAUUAAAAACAUAAUGCUUAUUCUUCAUAAAACGUCAAUGACUAUUGGUGAAGGCGCCCUGAUCAGCCGUGCGACGCAACUUAGUCGCGAUGCUCUCACAAGAGCGCUGGACAGCACUGAAGCUCAUCUUCCGGAUACAAUUCCGGAUCCUCGUGGUCAACUGGUUCGUAUCCUUGGCGGUCCAAUAAUUUUUGUACACUAGAGCACUGAGGGAGCCGAAAAAUCCUCAAUGGGACGUCACUGUUGCAAGAUGAUCGGGUUCCUUUUCUUUCGGCACGAACGGUAAAACUGUACACGGAGAAAUAUUUUUACCUAAUUUUUGAGUUUACUUUACCCAAAAUUAAGUAUAUCGAUUAUAGUUUCAA